AUGCAGCUCGCUCUUAUCACCUCCAUCCUGGCCUUCUGCGCAUCCCAGGUCGCCGCCGAUGGAGCCAUUACCGUGUGCAGGGGCGCGAAUGGCGCCAGCUGCUCGACCAUCGGGGGCCUUGCACGCCCCGACAACUGCUCCGGCGGGUGCCUCAGCGCUCCCGGCACCAAGAGUGUGAAGGCAGCAAAUGUGGAUCCUGGUAACUACUGCUUCACCGCCUACUCGGACAGAAACUGCAAUUCAGGCGCAUUGAAGGUUGAAGGCCACUUUCAAAACGGAAAUUUCGAAGCCUACUCGUACGACUGCUGCUAG